CUACACAUAUGCAAUGCUGCAUGCAGGCAUAGAUCGAAACUCGUUGCCACAGCUGAAUGAAGAUAUGUUAAUCGCGGAGUGUGGCAUCAAAAAUUCGAUACAUCGGCUGCGCAUUCUGAAUGCAGUCAAGAACCUGGAAAACUCAUUGCCCAGCUCAUCGGAAGAGAAUAUGGCAAAGACGUUGGAUGUCUUCGUGAGCUAUCGCCGCUCGAAUGGCUCGCAAUUGGCCAGCUUGUUGAAGGUGCACUUGCAGUUACGCGGCUUCUCGGUGUUCAUCGAUGUUGAGCGCCUGGAAGCGGGCAAAUUCGAUAACGGACUGUUGAACAGUAUUCGUCAGGCGAAGAAUUUCGUUUUAGUAUUAACACCAAAUGCGCUGCAGCGUUGCUUAGACGACGAAGAAGGCAAGGAUUGGGUGCAUCGUGAAAUCGUAGCGGCCUUGAAAUCAAAUUGCAAUAUUAUUCCAAUAAUCGAUCAACAAUUUAUGUGGCCAGAACCCGAUCGAUUGCCCGAAGACAUGCGCAGCGUUUGUCAUUUCAAUGGUGUCACGUGGAUACAUGACUAUCAGGAUGCCUGCAUCGAUAAACUAGAGAGAUUCAUGCGUGGUGAAAAGAAUUUGGAUCGGCUUGUAGGCAUACCCAGCACACCCGGUUCGGUGAGCUACCAAAGAAUGCACAGCAACGAUUCCGACUAUCAGCAGAGUGUGGGCGGCGGCAGUGUCGUCGGUGGCAGUGGCAGUGGUGUUGUAUGUGGCAGCGGCGGCGCCGGUGGUGCGGCGAAUGGCAGCGGACAAGCUAAUCACCAGGCAAAUAGAUACCGGCAAUCGCCCUCACCGGCCAGACAGCGCGGGCCCCUCGGCAGCAACGGCCAGCUGAGCAUGUUCGGGCGUGGUUCGAAGCGCAACAACAUACUUCCACCCUACCGCACCCAGCAAACGUCGGCACAGCAGAAGGCGUUGCCACUCAUAGGUGGCUCCAUGCAAAAUGUGUCGCCAUACAGCUACCGCACGCCACGCCGUAGCUCAGCCGGGGGCAUUACCAAUGCCAAUGGCAGCGGCGGCAGCAACAAUAACAUAAACAGUUCGGCGGCAGGUGGCGCUGCAAAUUAUCGCAGUCAUAGUGUCGACGGCUUGUUGGACACCACCGACGGCUCGGACGACCCCGAUGACCGUAUUGCAGAGAUGGCGGCGCUGGUCGCUGCCGGCAGCACAGCGCUCACCAACGCCAGUUCGACGAGCACACUGCAACCCGGCAACGAUUACGCCUCGUCGGUGGGCUCACUCACCGAACUUGGCGAACCGGCGGUAGAAGUGGUGGCGAGACGUGAAAAAUCAACGAAUGCAGCGCCGCCCAAUCCGCAACACCGCAAAUCGCGCUCACUUGAUCAUUUUCUGGACGAGAAAACAUUGGCGGUUAUCACGAUGCCACCAAUCGCACCCAUGGAGGGUACGCAGAGUAUGCAAAAUCUUGCCACGCCCAUAACGCCCGAUCUGAAUCGGGGCAUGCGCACACAACCAAUGCCGCAGCGGGCUGGCAGCGUGCACCGCGAAUCGUCUUCCAACUCUAGUGCGGCCACCACGCCCGAACGCAACGUCGUGCGGAAACAUCAUCACGCGGUGCCGAUUAUACGACGUAGUCCCGAGGGCAUCAGCUCAACGGAGGAUGAGCGCGAGGACUCACAAUCGCUGCGCAGCAGUGGCACCUCAUGCGGCAGCAUGCUGAGAGCGCAGACGCGCGCAUCGGCGCAUACGCAUCGCGGUAGUCAGAAUAGUGGCAAGACUUCCACAACAUCGUUGGGUAGCAGCAGUGCGGCAGGAAAUACCCACCACAACAACAGCAGCAACAACGCAAACAAUAAAACUAUUCUGAAUCGAACAAUUAAAAAAGUUCGUUCGCUGAUGAAAAAGUAAGCAUCCCACCCACACACACACAAACACACACACAAACAAAAUUAAUACUCGUUUGUCAGUCAGUCCAAGUACAUAUAUACAGCAAAUCAAUCGAAAUCGCCAUUUAAAUUCGCACAAUGUCUUUUAAUAGAAACUAUAUGUGUAUGAGUUGAAAACAACAGUGUGUGUUACCACAAUGUCCGACCAAUCAGCAAUUACAUACUUAGCUUGUCUCGCUCUAUGUUUGUCUCAUCUAAUCCAAAUGCUUCAUCUUAUUUUUCAAAUCGCAUUAUAACAUACAAACUAUUGCAUAAUUGUUCCCCAUUUGUAAAUAUUAUAUCCAUCAAGCCGUGCUUACGUUCAUUUUGCGUCCAUAACUUGUAUCUACUUAGCUUAGUUAUUUUUAAGACAACAUUAAUUAUAGAUAGUGUACAUACUGUGGUUCCAAUAUUCUUGGAUGGCAGGUUAAGUCCUUAUUUGUCGUUACUUUCCAAACAAGCAGCAGAGUUUUUCAUCACUUAAGCAGAGGCACGAAACAACAAUGGUCUGGUCUAAAGCUCAGGACUCUGUUGAAGAUUUGUUUUUCUUUUAGGAGAAUGUAAGCCUCCCAGUCGGCAAAAUGAAUAGCACUUCUAAGAAACACUUUUAUGAAGAACCUUUUCAAUAAGACCUUCAAUUUGGAAGCUGUUUGUUAAAAGACCAGCCAAUACCGCUGUUAUUCGAAGGCAGUUGAGAAGAUGUGUUUCCAAAGCAACGGAACAGAAGUAAAAAAAAAAAUAUAUCUGAUAAUUUCACAUCAAUUUUCGCCGUCUAAGGCAAACAAAGUUAAUCUGAAGGCCUUGGAACACUAGCCAUUCCAUACAAAAUAAGAAGGAGUAGAUAAGAGAGCAAAGAAGGCCUAUGGCUUCAACAGAUCCAAAUAAGGGCUCACAGUAGGCCCUAUUUUCUUCGACUGGGUUAUUAUAACCAGGAAACUGUCUGGGUGUUGACAAAGAACUUUUACUAGUUGCAUAUUAAGCAUCAGACCAAUUUUCUAAAUAAUCUAUCCAGCGCGGACGAUCUCGUCGUCGGAGCUCAGUUUUUCUACGCUAAGAGCGAUCUAAGUUCUUUUAAGGCAAAUCUCGGUUAAACGAACUCGUGCAGCGCCCAAAAAAAAGUGUUGCCCACUAUAGUUCAUCAUCGCCAGGACUUUGUUUGUUUUGAUGCUGUCAAAGAAAACUUAGUUGAGAGAAUUUGUCCAGACGCUAGACGGAAUCAGGGGAUGGCAUAGCGUCAUGUAGCCUACGAUUUUUUGAUCUUUCAUUUUGGUCUCUGCUUAACUCAAAAUCAUUAAUUUGAAUUUAUGUAUUUCAAAAAGUUCUUGAAUCUUAGUAUUCAUAUAGGAUGUCCCCUCAAAAUCAUCAGACCCGCGCUAGUUGAUGAAAAUUAGGAAUAGCAAGUCAUUGAUUUCGAAAUAGCCUAGACUUUUUUUUCAGUAAAAAUCGUAGUUCAACUCAUUUUCAUACCAUAUUCAUCAGUUAUUCUACUCAUAGUCACAACUUUUACUCUCUCUCACAUACACAACUGUACCUAUACACUUACUUACUAUACUAUACACCUACUGCUAAAAUCAAAAAUGGUGAUGGUUGCCUGCUAAGCUUUUCUCGACUACUGUGAACUAUUUUUUAUUUAAAAUCUUCUCUAAACUCUGCUAUAUUUAAUCUCUUGCCCUAAGCAAAGAAUAAAUUUCAAAUAACUCCUUGCUUUCCCUUUUGAGCCACAAACACAACAGAGCAUCUAUUCCCAGUUUGGCUGAGUUAAUCCAAUUUCCGCCAUUUAUUCACGCUCUCUCUUUAUCUAACAACUAAUUGCUCGUAAGUACGAGGUCCACACAAAGAAUUGCGUUACUGCGCGCAUGCGCCCAAACGCCCUCAGCAUUCCUCGCAUAUUUCAUACCGAGAAGUUUCAAAUUGAAUGAAAGUCGGGAACUUGGCUGACAGUUUGAUUGCCUGAAACAAUUAACAAACUUGGCACUUUGCACAUUCGAGCGAUUAAUAUAGCAGAACUAACUGUGAGAAGUAUCUAUUUGCCUUGUGAUAAGUAACGUUAGAUCGAUAUUGAAUGAUAACGGAAUGCUUUUGUUUGAAAAAAA